AUGGACUUUUUACAAGUUCGCGAUGGGAUCUUUCCGCGGGAAAAUAUUGGCGUAUAUACGUCUCCCCGUGGUGUACAAGGGUUAACGGUAAGCGUCGUGUUCACGGCAUUGGCAACUUGCUUCGUGGGUUUGAGAAUGUUUACUCGAAUAAAACUCAUGGGACGGGUAGAAUCAAAUGACUGGAUGGUAAUCAUUGCGCUGGUAAAUUCAUAUGUCUUCAUGGGUCUCGACGUGGUGGAAUCUAUCAGUGGUAUGGGUAUGCACUUGAAAGACAUCCCACCGCACAUUCUCGAGCGACAAAUGAAGGCUUUCUGGCUCACCAUUCCUUUUUAUAACGCCGCCGUUCUCUGCGCCAAGGCAUCUAUUCUAAUGCAGUACCUCCGAGUGUUCCCCACACGUCGCAUGCGCAUUAUAUGCUGGCUCAUGAUCACCAUCCUCGGCGUAUAUGGAACAUGGGCUGUGAUUAGUGCGUUCUUCAAUUGCAUUCCCGUUGCCAAGUUCUGGGACGAUUCAAUCAAAGGCUACUGUUUGAGCAAGCCCGGGCUGUGGUUCUCAAAUGCGAGUAUGCAUAUCACAACCGAUUUCGCCAUCUUGCUCAUUCCGAUCCCGGCCUUAAUGGCCGUCGAGUUGCCCCGAAGACAGAAGUUUGCUUUGAUGGCCAUGUUCGCUCUGGGCGGCUUUGUCUGCAUCACUAGUAUUGUUCGCCUAGUCAGUUUGAAGCAGAUCUCUGAAUCCUCCGAUCCCACAUAUGACAAUGUCGGUGCCGCCGCCUGGUCCGCCGUCGAAUGCAACACAGGCAUUAUCUGCGCCUGCCUUCCAACUCUAAAACCUCUCUUCGCACGCCUCUUCCCAGGAAUGAUAUCCACCUUCAACAGCAGUCGCCCCACAGAUGGCGAUACAACCCAACGCAGCUCCACGUGGAACGGCGAUGGCUCGACCAUUGGUGCUCCCUGUGAUGAGCCUGAGUACGGGGCCGGCGACCCCGAGCGAGUUUUGGAUCUUGCGCGCGGGACCGGCUUCAAACCUGGCCAGAACCCUGAGACGGAGGAAGAGAAGAAAUGCUUGACGCAAAUUUCUUCGGUUCCAGAGCCUCAUCCCCAUGCACUUACGCAUCAUAAUAGUGCGCACCCGUCGAGGUUCACAGAGCCAUUCACAAACUGA